AAGUGAAAAAAAAACGAGAAAUAUCCAAAAUCAAUUGAAGAACGGGUAACAACAUUUUCAGAAGACUUUGGCUUCCAUAAAAUCCAUAGAAACCUCAAAGCAGACAGACACGAACGAAGGACUUCUAAAACGAAGACAAAGAGGGCGCUUUCUUGUGACUGGGUCUCUUGUCAAACAACGAGUCGAGUAAGUUCCAGAUCUCGAUCUCCCGAGUUUCAGAAGCAAUGGUGAAGCCGAGGUAUUCGCGCCUUCCGGCUCGGAAAUCGUCGUCGUCAACCAUGUUUCUUACUAUGCUGAUCAUGUUCACCUUCCUGAUUUUGAUUCUUUUGGCUCUCGGAAUCCUUUCAAUUCCUAGCAGUAACUCCGGAAAUUCGCAUAAGCCCAACGAUUUGAGCUCGAUUGUGCAUAACAUCGUCCAGAGAAGUGAUCAUGGUGAUGAUGAUGAAGGGAGAGGAGAGCACUGGGUUGAAGUCAUCUCCUGGGAGCCUAGAGCUUUUAUCUAUCAUAAUUUCUUGUCCAAGGAGGAAUGUAAUUACCUAAUUGAUCUUGCCAAGCCUCAUAUGGAAAAGUCAACCGUUGUUGAUAGUGAAACUGGCAAGACUAAGGAUAGCAGGGUACGUACAAGUUCUGGAACAUUUCUGGCUAGAGGACGUGAUAAGAUAAUUAGGAACAUUGAGAAAAGGAUUGCAGAUUUUAGCUUCAUACCAGUAGAGCACGGGGAAGGACUUCAAAUUCUCCACUAUGAAGUGGGCCAAAAAUAUGAGCCCCAUUAUGACUACUUCAUGGAUGAGUUCAAUACUAAGAAUGGGGGCCAACGCAUAGCUACGGUGCUAAUGUACCUUUCAGAUGUUGAAGAAGGGGGAGAGACAGUGUUUCCUGCAGCGAAGGGGAACAUUAGUGCUGUUCCCUGGUGGAACGAAUUAUCUGAAUGCGGAAAAGGGGGACUUUCUGUCAAACCAAAGAUGGGUGAUGCAUUACUUUUCUGGAGCAUGAAGCCUGAUGCUAGUCUAGAUCCUUCAAGUCUGCAUGGUGGCUGCCCUGUGAUUAGAGGAAAUAAGUGGUCAUCUACAAAAUGGAUGCGUGUAAAUGAGUACAAGGUUUAAACAGCCUUUAUAAAAGUUGACAGGAUUGACUCGGAUUCCAUAUUAUUACUUGUACUAUGGAAAUUUAAAAUGAGAGCUCUACAACUACAGCUAUUGUGCCUCAUGCAUGCUGCAUAGCUUGGCCCCUUCUAUCAUUUUUCAUGUAGUGCUUUCUUCUGCUGACUUGGACUCAUGCCCCAACUUGUUUAUUUCCUUGUUUUUUCCUUUUAUCUUUUCAAAUUUUUUUUUCAUUUUUACCUCAGUAAAAAGCCUUUAUAUCAUGUUACUGCCACUAGUAGAAUAAAGGUCAGAAUUUUGGCCGGCAUGCCAAAGUGUAAUGCCCACCAAAGAUGAGCUGAUGAUAAAUGAGAAACACGAGAUUAUUUAGGCAUA